UUUAGUUUUCGACUUUCUACAUACACUACUGUUAAGCUGUCUUGACUAGACCCCCUGAUCGUUUAGUACUAUUUAGGCGCUAUUUGUUAUUUCGCACUUAGUCUGUGCUUAUCAUUUGUGUUGUGAUGUGUUAUGUCGUUUUUCUAAAUCAAUAACAUACAUUUCUUUACAUACUAAAUAAAUUCAUUAACUUUGUAAUAGUGCGAUCCUAAUAUAAGUUACUUUUAUGGCUUAUAUUCUUAAUCAAUAAAUUAUAAAAUGUUGUAGUUAUCAUAUUAAAGUAAGAGUUUUUUUAAAUAAAAUAACUGCGAAAAUGGAUAGCGCAGAAGUAAUAACUAAUGAAGACGGAAUAGAAACAGUUGAAAACGAGGAUGACAUUGAUUUCUCGGAAGAAAGAGAAUUAGUUAGUGAUUCAUGUUCAACAAAGAUUUUGGACAGCGAGUCGGAGCCCUUGGACAGAUAUCGCCUCGUUUAUUUUCUAUUUUAUUUAUUUGGUAUUACUUCCCUUGUUCCUUGGAACUUCUUGAUAACUGCUAAUGACUAUUGGAUGUAUAAAUUUAGAGAUGUAGAGCCAAAUAAUCUGACAAUGUAUGUAAGAAAAACACAGUUUCAAGCUGAAUUUACAUCCUAUCUCAAUGUUGCAACAGCAAUACCAAACUUGGUAUUUCUUAUACUUAAUUCCCUAUAUGGACAUUUAGUAUCUGUAAGAAGUAGACUUCUAGGGUCACUAAUUGUAGUGACUUUAUCAUUUAUUGUUACCACAUCGCUGGUGCUUGUGGACACAGAUGAAUGGCAGAAUACAUUUUUUAUCAUCACAAUGAUAACAGUGGUUAUUAUGACUGCUGCCAGUGCGAUUUUCAUCUCGGGCCUAAUGGGGACUGCAAGCAAAUUCUCCCGCGAAUACAUGGCAGCUGUGAUCAGUGGGCAAUCAUUGGGUGGGAUAAUAGCUGCCGUUGCGCAGAUAAUAUCGCUUGCCUUCAAAAUAUCUCCCUUACACAGCGCACUAAUUUAUUUCUGCAUCGCCGACUUUAUGGUCAUAACCUCCCUUAUUUCGUAUGCGUUCCUAUACAAAAUCGACUAUUUUUCGCAUCACGUAUUGAGGGGCAAUGGCAUGGUUGUUAAUAGGAGCCGGGAGGCGUAUCUAACGAUUGUACUGAAGAAGAUUUGGGUGUACGCUUUUAGUAUUUUCGCGGUGUAUGGGAUUUCGAUGUGCGUCUACCCGGCUGUUACUGUACUGGUCGAAUCACAUCCGGCUACAACUGGGACCGAUUGGAAUAAUAUAUUCUUCGUGCCCGUCGUCAAUUACCUUAUAUUUAAUUGCGGUGACUAUGCGGGUAGACUGGUCGCUGGAUUUAUUCUUCGGCCCACAAACCAAUGGAUCAUCGCUGCAGCUAGUAUAUUCCGUGUCAUCGGAGUACCUAUGCUGAUGUUCUGUAACGCUCAACCCCGGAAGCACUUGCCUGUGAUCUUCCUGUGGGACUACGAGUACAUCAUGAUCAUGAUUGUCUUCUCUUUUACCAAUGGAUAUUUGACCAAUAUCGUCAUGGUUAAUGCUACGAGAGUCGUAGAUAUGCAUGAAAGAGAAAAGGCUUCAUCAAUAAUUGUUACACUGCUGAGUGUUGGUCUCACUGCGGGAGCAGCUAUUGGAAUGUUACUAGUUCGACUACUGUGAGGCACAUUUUAAAUAACUUACCAUAAUAUGUUCGCUAUAGCAUGUUGCGGGUGACAGUUUCAGUAACGUUUCGUUUCACUCAUGAAAGUUUUACAAAUUAAUACUUAGUAUUUCAGCUGUUAAUAUAUUAAAUCAGUAAUAACUGUAGUAACUUCAAUUUAACCCAGCCAGUCUACAAAUUGUAAUUGAAAAAAAAUUAAUCAUCUGUCAGACGCACUAUGCUAGAACGUCGUAUAAUUUUAAACUUAACAUUAAAUAUGUUAAUUUUCAUUGUCAUUGCUGUGAUUCAAACUGACAGUUUAAGUAUUAAAUUUAGUUUUAAUAAGGAGGUAAACUAAAUGCAACGUAUUAAUACGGUAUGACUUUCUGUAUUUUCUUUUUAAUAAUCCCAUUUAUUGGAUUUGUAGAAAGUAGAUAAAUAUUAGGUAGACAAUAUUGUAUACACAUUGCUACUAAACGAAAAUGUGUAAAUUAAUGUUUCGAUGAACAAAUAAUGAAUUCAUAAUUGAAUUAUCCAAUAAUUUAUCUGCGAAGUCUUUUUAAAGUCUGUUUCUUACAUAAGUUUUGUUUUUUUCUAAUUAAUAUCUUAAUUUGCCUCCUCAACCGUUUCAAAUUGUUUGUUAGUUCGCCUUUUGUACAGAAAUUGUGAAAUGGUUUAAAUUAAGUUACUAUAUAGAAAUAAAACACGUUAUGUAAAUUUUUAGUUUUAGGCUUUUUAAUACGAGUAUGUUAAUUGUCGUUAUCAUUACAAUCUAAUUACCAACUACAAAUUAAAAAAAAUAACAAACAUGAGAGACACAACUGUAUAAUGCCAUUCCAAAAUAUAUAUUAUUAUUAAUAUAGAAAACUAAAUUGGAAACAAAUUCGAGAAGCCGAUCUUACUAUUAAUAAUAAUUAACAAAAUAAUAUUAGACAAAACCUAAUGUUUCUACUCAAAUCGCCACAAGUUGUUUUUAAUAUAUUUAUUAAUUACCUUAUCAUAUUAUAUUCCCAAAACUGACACUCAAACAUCAUUUAUGGUUUAGUCUGAUAGGUAAUUUACGGUUCAAAAGCCGGGAAUCUUCGUAAAUAUAUUAUUUAUGUUAUAUUUGUAUAUUUGUGAUUCUCGGUAGAGCUGUUCCUGAGUAGAAUAGGACUAUUUUAAACGAAAGUUAUAAUUAGUAUGAAUAAAAUCAAAACCCGUUACAUGUGUUGUAAUAUAUAUAUUAUUAUAUAUAGUUAUAAACAUAACUAAAAUAAAUAUGGAUAACUCGAACCGCACAUUUAGUUACCAAAACAGUGAGUUAAAUUGUUUAGACAAAGAAACUAGUUAAACGACCGCAAAUCGUUACAUAAAUCAAAAGAUUGUAAAUGUCAUUGUUGUCAAGUGACCAGACUAGUUUAAUUUUAUAGUAGUUUAGUUUAAGGUUUUUAGCUUAAUGAAUGAAUAUUUCAUAUUUGUGAUAGCUUCAAUAUUUUUUAAAUAUAUAUAAACCAUAUCAUGUGAUAUACGAAACGUAGGAUUUUAACGCGAUUAUUUUCUUUAAAUACCAAUUUUCAACAAUAUAUAACAAUAGUUCACUCAGACUAUAUAUUGUGUAUAUAUACGGAUGCGUCCACAUCUGGUGAAUAUGCCGCAAAUGUGCAGAUCGCGACCAGUUUGCGAGCUGCGAGUUGCCAGAUGUGGACGCACCCUAACAUAGAUAGCUAAAACAAAAUUGCGCGAAGCAUAAAUUAAUUAAUUUAGACGUAAUGGUUUUAAAAUAAUAGGAUGUAUCAUGGCUUAAGCGCCUUUCUUAUCAAUAAGAUACUAAAUAAUGGAAUUGAGUUCGGUGAAUAUUUAUACAUAAUUGUAAGAUCUCAUUUUGAAAUAACUAUCUAUAUGCUAUUCGUUUUCCUAAUCAAAAUCAAAACGAACAUAUUUAACUCUAUUGUAAGAAUUAGUCUAGUUAAGCAUAGUUGUAGGGUAACAUGUAUUAGCUUUUUACUAAUAAAUACAGUACAACUGUCUCUGGUUUUUAUUAUUUGUGAUAAUAAUAAUACAUUAAUAUAAGUCACCAAAUGUACCUCAAGCUUAAUCUGUAGUAAUUAUAGUUGUAAGCACUCAUUUAUUUGUUUAUAUCAAAAUGUUUGGUCGAAAACUUUUAUAUGAUGUACGCAAAUAAAUCAUUUGAAUAGUU